AUGCCGCCAAUUACCCUUUUCUUCCUUCAAGCGUCGCGUAGUAUUCGUACGGCCUGGCUGCUCGAAGAGCUCGGGCUCGACUAUGAGAUCAAAUUCUGGGACAGACAGGAGCACCAGCAGGCGCCUAAGGAUGCCAAAGGCGCGUGUGUGAGUCCGGUUGGCAGGUUCCCCACCAUCAAGGACGGCGACCUGUUCGUCUUUGAGAGCGGGGCAAUUACUGAAUACCUCUGCGCAAAAUAUGAUAAACAGCACCGCCUGUUACCCAAGGUGGAGGACGACGCAGCGGCGAACGUCAAGAUCCUGCAAUGGAUCCACGCGGCGGAAGCGACCUUUUUGUUGCACGGCUUGGCCAUCACGUACGCACGAUGGCACUACCCGGAGUCGACCGGCCUGCCGAAGGAAGGACUGGCGGCGAUGGAGCUAGGCAUGAGCGCCAACGUGCAAAACGACCUGGACUGGAUCGAGCGCGACCUAUCUGAGAGCGGUUCGAAGUUUCUGGCCGGCGAUGCCGUGACGGCCGCGGACGUCAUGAUGCAGCUCAGCGCCGACUACAUCCUCGAGAGGCAGCUGGGCACGCAGGGGAAGAAAUGGCCGGCGGUGGAGGCGUGGCUGAAGAGGUGCAAGGAGACGCCGACAUACGUGAGGGCGGUGGAGAAGUCGGGGUAUUCAUUGUAA